UCUUUCCUUUUUCCUAAAAACUUUCAAAGAAAAAAAAGGAGAGAAAAGGAGAGAGGUAAUUGCUAUUCAACAAACCAAACAAUGGAAGAAGGCAGGGUCAUGAGUGAGUACACACAAGAUGGAACUGUGGAUCUUAAAGGAAAUGCCAUUCUCAAAUCCAAAAGAGGUGGUUGGAAAGCUUGCUCCUUCCUUGUUGUGUAUGAGAUAUUCGAAAGAAUGGCUUAUUAUGGGAUAUCAUCAAAUUUGAUACUGUAUCUUACAAAGAAGCUUCACCAAGGCACUGUUACCUCUUCCAACAAUGUCACUAAUUGGGUUGGCACCAUUUGGAUAACUCCCAUAUUAGGCGCCUAUGUUGCCGACGCUCACCUUGGUCGUUAUUGGACUUUUGCCAUUGCCUCUAUCAUCUAUCUGUUGGGUUUGUGUCUACUUACACUAUCAGUUUCCCUUCCAAGCCUAAAGCCACCACAAUGCCAUGAAAUAGAUGUGACAAAAUGUGAAAAAGCAUCCACACUUCAUCUAGCUGUGUUCUAUGGUGCACUCUACACUCUAGCAGUGGGAACUGGUGGAACCAAACCAAAUAUUUCAACCAUUGGUGCUGACCAAUUUGAUGAUUUUGACCCCAAAGAAAAGGAGCCUAAACUCUCCUUCUUCAAUUGGUGGAUGUUUAGCAUCUUCUUGGGGACCCUCUUUGCAAAUUCUGUUCUUGUUUAUAUACAAGAUAACGUGGGAUGGACUCUUGGUUAUGCUCUUCCAACUCUUGGACUCGCAAUAUCAAUCAUCAUAUUCUUGGCAGGCACACCCUUUUAUAGACACAAAUUACCAGCUGGGAGUCCCUUCACUAAAAUGGCCAAGGUCAUAGUGGCUGCUAUAAGGAAAUGGAAAGUGCCUAUUCCAAGUGACUCUAAAGAACUAUAUGAGCUUGAUUUGGAAGAGUAUGCAAAGAAAGGGAAAGUCAGAAUUGAUCACACUCCAACAUUAAGGUUCCUCAGCAAGGCCAGUGUCAAUACUGGUUCAAGUACUAGUGCAUGGGUGCUUUGCCCAGUUACCAACGUAGAGGAGACAAAACAAAUGCUAAGAAUGAUUCCCAUCUUGGUUGCUACGUUUGUUCCUAGUGCAAUGGUUGCUCAGGCAAAUACCCUUUUUGUGAAGCAAGGAAUUACACUUGAUAGAGGCAUUGGCAGCUUCAAUAUUCCUCCAGCAAGUUUAGGUACAUUUGUGACUCUGUCCAUGCUUAUCUGUGUGGUGCUCUAUGAUUGCUUCUUUGUCAAGAUUAUGCAGAGGUUGACUAAGAACCCGAGAGGGAUAACCCUUCUCCAAAGAAUGGGAAUUGGCCUCAUAAUCCACAUGGUGAUUAUGGUAAUUGCAUCUCUAACUGAAAGAUAUAGACUUAGUUUGGCCAAAGAACAUGGGCUAGUUGAAAAUGGAGGACAAGUCCCUUUGAGCAUAUUCAUUUUGCUUCCUCAAUUUAUACUUAUGGGAGCAGCUGAUGCAUUCUUAGAGGUUUCCAAAAUUGAGUUCUUCUAUGAUCAAGCCCCAGAAAGCAUGAAGAGCCUUGGCACUUCCUAUUCAAUGACUAGCUUAGGCAUUGGGAAUUUCCUAAGCACUUUUCUUCUGUCCACAGUUUCACACAUCACAAAGGAACAUGGUCACCAAGGAUGGAUUUUGAACAACAUGAAUGCUUCUCAUCUUGAUUACUACUAUGCAUUUUUGGCAGUACUAAACUUCUUGAACUUAAUCUUUUUCAUGAUUGUUACAAAGUUCUAUGUAUAUAGUGCUGAAGUUUCAGAUUCCAUAAAAGUGCUUGAGGAAGAACUGAAGGAGAAGACAGCCACUGUGUCAAACCAAGUGAUUCCAAGAUAUUAGAUGAUUGGAUAUUUUAAAGUGGUAUUGAAGAUGAUAGAACAUCCAAAACUGUAAGAACAUGCAUGAUAUGUAACUUUGGGAUGUUU